GUCAAGAUGGCGGCCUCCAUGGAUAAAGUUUUGCGCUUUCAUGAAAUGGGCUUAGAUGACCGAAUUUUAAAGGCCAUUGCAAAGAUGGGCUGGUCAACCCCAACCCUCAUCCAAGAACGGGCAAUUCCAUUAGCUCUGGAGGGAAAAGAUUUACUAGCAAGAGCAAGGACAGGCUCCGGAAAGACAGCAGCUUAUGCUAUUCCUCUUGUGCAGAGAAUUCUCACAAGUAAACAGACAGCAAGAGAGCAAGCAGUUAGAGCUGUUGUCAUGGUACCAACCAGAGAGCUUUGCAGUCAAGCCCACAAGAACAUCUUGGAGCUUACAAGCAGCUGUUCAUGGGAAGUCAAGUGUGCAGAUGUAUCAGUACAGGCGGACCUGGACGCUCAGAGACCACUUCUGAUGGAGAAACCAGACAUCGUUGUGGGUACCCCAAGUCGCCUUCUCGCCCACCUCAAGGCUCAGAACCUCACCCUGAAGGACACCCUGGAGGUGCUAGUUAUCGAUGAGGCAGACCUUGUCUUCUCCUACGGCUAUGAGAAUGACCUGAAAUCACUCCUGACUUUCCUGCCCAAGAUCUACCAAGCUUUCCUCAUGUCGGCAACCUUGAGCGAUGAGGUGUUUGCACUGAAGAAACUAGUCCUACACAAUCCAGUAACGUUAAAACUUGAGGAAUCGCAGCUUCCAGAUGUAGAUCAGCUGACGCAGUAUCACGUUAAAUGCACCGAGGCGGAUAAGUUUCUUCUUCUCUUCACAUUACUCAAACUCCGACUCGUCAGAGGCAAAACCAUCAUCUUUGUCAAUGAUAUUGAUAGAUGUUACAGAUUAAAACUUUUUUUAGAGCAGUUUUCGAUACCAUCUUGUGCCCUCAACUCGGAACUUCCCGUUAACACGAGAACUCACAUCGUGGAUCAGUUCAACACCGGCUUGUACGACAUCGUUGUCGCUUCAGACGAGACCUCUCUGGCCACAGACAAAAAAGGAGUAGGAAAGAAAAAACAGAAAAAAUCGAAAUCAUCAAAGGGUAAAGGCAGAGAAUACGGUGUGUCUCGAGGGAUCGAUUUCCAGAACGUGAUGAACAUCAUCAACUUUGACUUUCCUCCAACCGUCAAAGCUUACAUCCACAGAGUGGGAAGGACUGCCCGCGGUGACACUAGUGGAUCUGCCCUCUCUCUCGUCAGCGAGAAGGAAAUGGAGCCAUUAGCCAAGGUUGAAAAGUACCUCGUCAAAGAUGAUGGCAGCUCAGUCAUUAAACCCUACCAGUUCAAGAUGUCAGAGAUAGAGGGUUUCCGCUACCGUUGCACGGACGCCAUGCGAGCCGUGACGCGGGUUGCCGUACGAGAGGCACGCGUGAUGGAGAUCAAGAGGGAGAUCUUCAACUCCAAGACGCUCAAGACGUACUUUGAUGAAAACCCACGAGACAUGCAGCUCCUCAGACACGACAAAAUACUUCAUCCUGCGAAAGUCCACUCUGAUCUGAGGCAUGUUCCCGAGUAUCUAGUGCCGAAGGCGUUAAAAAACAAGGCGCAAGGAGCAAGCUUCAGCGCACCUGAGGCAAAGAAACGGAAAUCGAAACACAAAGGUCCACGAGAAUCCAGAUUUGCUAAGAAAAAGCGAAGAAAUGCAGCAGACCCUCUGAAAAGCUUCAAAUUCAAGAAAUCCUGAUCG